CUGUUCUGACACCCCUAAAAACGCUUCAAUUCAGAACUUAUGGCCGAUGAAAAACCGUGUUCGGAAUAAUUUUUCUAUGCGGCGACAGAGGCCUUUACAUACCCUUAGUAGGACUAUCGAUUGCAUAUAGUCAAACCUUCCCGGCUUUUAGCUCAUGUAAUACUGGGCGGACCUGUGCGGAAGUAUAUAAAAACGAAAAAUUUUGAUGACUUAAAACUGCAACUAAGAGAUCUUUUUUAUACAGAAGUGGAGCAUUUAUCAGAGAAUGCAAUCCAACAAUUAACAUCACAAUCGAAUUCGUCUAAUGCCUUUACUAUAUCAACAAUUCAAUAUUUUGUUUAUUUGAAUAAGCAACUGUUGCUUGUUAAUCUUGUUAGUGCUCAAGGACAAUGUAUGUUAGAAACAGCAGACAUGUUAGUUGAGCCGUAUGCAUUACCUCAUCCGCCAGCGUGGAAUCCAGUCAAUGCCCUUAAGCGAUUUGGGAGAGUUAUAACGGCUCCCUUUACGACUUCAUCCAAAUCUAUGUCCGGUACUUCAAAGCCACUAGAUAUGACCUUGAGAAGAGAUCUAGCGGUAUUUUUCGGAAAAAUUUAUGAUCAGUUAUUAAGUUUAAUUAUUGAUAAUGGUAUGAUCCGUCCAGUGGAAAUUGAUUUAAUACAAAAAAUUGUUGGUUUAACCAAUACAAUUAUUGAUGAUGUCAAUCGUGAAUUAGCUGUCUUUGAUUUAUCACUUUCAAAAAUCGUGUCGUCAACAAUUCAUUCCAAUGUCUUGAUAGUCUUAAAUGUAUGUCAUUUUUUUGUAAAAUUCAGUGCUGAGUUUGAAGAUACUGCUGCUAUUUAG